AUGGAAAAUGAUGAUCAGCAGCCUUCAACGGUGAGUCAAAAAUCGAUAGUUCCAACGUGGGCGCGAACCACUGACCUUUUGAUUCGUAGGCAAAAACACUGUCAUUGCGCCACCAUGCGUUUUGUGAAAGCUGCGUUAAAGGGUUGGUGCUCCGCCAGGGAAUUUUGCUUGGUUUAGAUAGGAAUAAGGUGCUCCUGGAAAGUUUCAGUUUUAGAAAAAAUUCUAGUAUCAAUUCAGCCCAUGUUUUUCCUCAAAACCACAAGCGAGUUAAAACCUACGAAAUAAAGCAUGUAAAUGCGCUCUAGCGCACAACUUGUUUUUGAAUUUUCGUGUGUGUGUUUGCACACAACUUUGAAAACAACACUGUGACGCAUUUUUGCAGACGAUUUUUUCACCAGGAAAGCACCAACCCUUUAAUUUAUAUUUUUGUGAUUCAUUUUUUUUCGCGCGCACGCGUCACGAAGCCUCAAAAGAAUCCUAAUUUUUUCUCACUAAUUCCAAUUUUCAUAAAAAAAGAUAUAUCUGAAAACUAAGAUUUUUAUUUUUAUCUGAAAAUAAAGCGAAAAUAUAGAAAUGUCGGAUUUUAAGGUAACUCCCAGAAAUUUAUUUUAGCUGAAAAAUCUGAAAUUUUUGCAGAGUUGGGCAAUGCAAUUGGGAAAUUUGCCGGCUCAUCCGAAAAAUGGUUUGAUGAAAACGUACGACAAUCCGCAACGCACGUUUACACGACCUUAUUCUGCGAAAACUGUAUUUUUUUAUAAAGAGGGUGACGUUUAUUUUACGGUAAGUGUGGGGGACUAGAAAUGGGGGAAGGUUGGAUUUCUAGGCCAAGUGGGAAGUUUUUCAAAAUUUAGAAAAUUCGGUCAUGACCUAGAAUUAAGGUUUCUAGGCCACCAAUUUUUGUUUCAAUUUUCAAAUUUUUGCAGGGUGUCCGAAUUCCAGUCUCCAAACAUCGCUACAAAACAUUCGAAAGUCUUGUCGAAGAACUGAAUCAUCAAAUCUACAUGCCUUUUGGGGUGAGUUCGGCUAACUCUAGUUCUAGUCUGAUACGUUUCAGCUGCUGCCCAAAAAAUUAGCAAAUCGGAGCAUAAUUCAAUAAUUCUCAUUCUGCUUUGAGAGAGAAAAUAUUUUAUAUUGAUUUUGAAUUUGAAACUACUUUUUUCUAGUAUGAAGGGGAAAUUUUUUUUUCAAUUUGAAAUUUAAAAAAAAAACGUAUAAUUUUUUCUGAUUUUUUUCCAUGAAAUCUGUAAUUUUUUCUAGUUACAGUAACUCUUGCAGUUCGAAAAAAUUUUAGAAGACCAAAAACUGCAAAGCUUACAGUAUACUCUAGCUGAAAAAAUCUUACUGUAGCUGAAAAAUUUGUUUCUUUCCGGAAGGAAUUUCUAUUAUUUGCAAUAGUUCGAAAUAAUGCAAAAUUUUUUUAAAAAAUUAGGUAGAUCAAAAAUAAAUUUUUGAUCAAAAUUGUUUUUGAACAUUUUUUCCACUUGGAUUUCUUCUCCCAUCAUCCCAUAAUCAAUCAAUAAUUUUGUUCGUUUUCAGGUUCGAAACAUCACGACACCAAUGGGUCGAAAUCAAAUCGAUUCGCUGGAUCAACUCGAACAUCUCGGAAAAUACGUGGCCUCCUCCUCGAAACCGCCACGUGGAUUGGAUUUUGGUGUGGUGGAGAAGGUGCAAGCCGCGUUGAGAUCAGCGCAAAGAUCGACGAGAUCAGCGGCGAAUUGGGUGAGUUGACCUGGCUAAUCGAAAGAGCAUGGUUGAUAGGAAUCAGAAAAAAAUAGUUCCGAACUUCCUUGCUCGAGAUGUCCCGCGAUGCAGUCAGUUUUUUUUCCAGAAAAAAAAUUCGAGAAAUAUUUCGCAGUGAUAUCUAAAAAGAUGAAAUUUGUAUGAAUAGCUGGAUUAGUACCCAUUUGUAUUCAUCUCCUCUUUUCUCGGUUUUCUCACUUAUUUUUCCAUUUUAUUGAUGAUUAUACUACUAUAUUAGUAUUAUUUUAUUGAGUUCUGGAACAUUUGGAACGCUUUGAAAUUCUAGCUUGAAAAAUAAGAUGGCCUAGAAUUCGAGUUUAGGGUUUCUAGUCCACAUUUUAGUUUUGUGCCAGCUUUGUCAGAUUGGAAUAGCUUUUUUUGGGUUUCUAGGCCAGCUGAAUUUCAGCAGGGACUAGCUUUCAUGUUUCUGAAAGACUAGGCCGUGAAGUUUAGAAAAAUUAUUCAAAAUUCAAAUUUUUGGGGCCUAAAAUUUUUCAAACCACCAUUUCGAGAAUUGAAAAAAAAGUUCACAAAGAUUGCGUCGCGGCACAUCCACCCCCUCCCCCAUAACAAAAAAAAGUUAGCAUAUUCUGACCCUGUCACCAAUUCAGGCACCCGGUUCACCAACAAUCCCACAAAAAAUGCGUAUGAGUCGUAUGCUAGGCAUAACAAUUCCAGCCAAAGAGGUAACCGACCUAAUUUCAGAUUCAGAUUCAGAAUGGAUUUGUCGAAUUUUCGACGCGAAUGUCGUCGAUCAAUGCCAUCGUUGAGAGAUAUUGAUCGAAUGAGACAACCCAAAAUGGAAAAGGUUUCAGCGGAAAAAUAUGAAGAUUUCAGAUUUUUCGUCUAAAAAUAUAUCGAUUCCUCCAACCCCUCUCCACUUAAAAAUAUCGAUUUUCCAGGUUCGAUUUGUAUUGAAUGGCAAGGGACAAUAUUAUCGAACUAUGAUCAGCCCGAUCAAACCGCCAACAAUGGAUCAGUUAUUGGAGGAGAUUAGUGCGAAAUUGGGAUUGGCGAUUUAUCGAUUAUUUACGGAUGAUGGGAGGAGGAUUAUGACUGUGGAUGAGAUUUUGACCAAUAAUUCAUCGACGGUAGGAAAUAGAAUUCAUAGCGCAGAAACAGAAACAUCGAGAUUAGGAAGAUCACGAGUUUCGAGUUGUCCAGCCUAGAAAAGCUGAUUGUCUAGGCCCGGUGCCUUGAGAGCUUUCAUGUCAAGUAGUCAAGCCUACAAACCUAGCUGUCUAGAGAUAUGGCUUAGAUCCUAGUUCUCUGGGCCAAAAAUUGAGCAUCUAAAAUCCCCAUUCCCUCUUAGUCACACCCACAACCCCAAUUUUUCCAGGUGAUAGCUUGUCCUCGAAAUGAACGACCCUUUCUGAACGCGUCUGUCAAGUUGCCCGAAAUUAAACCGAGUAGAUAUGCACCAAGAAUGGCCUAUUCGAAAUUGGGUGAGUUUUAGAAAAGGUUACGGUAGAAGCACUCGUAUGAUCAUAGAUCCAAAUUUUGUACCAAACAAAUUCCCCCGAAAAAAAUAUGUUUCAAAAUUUUUGUAAGUUUUCGAGCAUAAAUAUUAUUUUGUUAUUCAUAGACAAUAAAAGAAUAUCAAUUUUACAGUAGUUUUUAAGGGUUACUGUAGUGUCUUGAUUUUGCAGUUUUCUUUUUUGGAGCACUGUAGUUUUUAAAAAUUGUGGAUACUAUAGAUUAAUUAUACUUUCAAGGUUACUGUAAAUUUUUGAUGGAUUUUUAAGGUUCAGAGUGUACAGUAUCUUUUUUAUUUCAUUUUGUAUACAAAGCGCGCUUUGUAGCUUUAGAUUACUGUAGACCUGCUCUCGAUCAGAUUACUGUAGCUAAAAUAAUGGAUUACUGUAAUAAUUAAGAAUUUUUCAAAACAUUUAGAAUAUUCUUCCUAAUCAACAAUAUUUAACUUUUGUUGGGUCUUGAAGGGAUUACAGUUGGGUUACUGUAACUCUUGGUGAAAAAAUCUAUGAAAUUUUUUAGGUCUCAAAGGGUUACUGUAGGCAACCAAAUUUUCAGCGUUUGAAAAAAAAUGUUAUUUUUCCAAAAAAUUUUGAACGUGAACUUGAUGACGUGGAAAAUCAUUCAAUUCAUUUCUCACCUUUCAUUUUUUUCCCAUUCUAAAUUUUUCCCCUCAAACAAUCUUGUUUUUCAGAUUCGUCUGCUGACACAUCUUCCGCUUCCGCUUCCGCCUCAAUUUCAACCGGUUCCCUAAACGGAAUCGAAAAACGCACACGAGCUCCUCAAAAACCACGCCCACUUCCACGUGUCGCCAAUUUACCAAGCAAAAAACCCGCCGAUUUGCCAGCUGGAGGAGGAUCGAAUUAUUGGACACAUAAAUAUAUUCAGAAUAAUAAUGACGCAAAAAAUAAUAAGAAUAAUAAUUCAGGAGGAAAUCAGAAAAUCAAGGAAGCCACAUCUGGAGUUGUUCGAAAUGCAACCAAAAAUCGAGGAGGAAAAUUGGCAAGAAAAGUGGAAGAAGUCGAUUCGGGAACGGGAAAUUCGAUAAAUAGUAGCUGGCACACUUCAGAAGCAUCGGAAUCUUCGAGAGCUGAAAGUAUGACUGAAAGAAAGGCUCAGAUGAUUCGAGAAGAACAAGAUAUUGAAGAAGAUGCUGAAGAUUCAUAUCAUGGUGGAAUUCAUAGUAGCUCUGGAUCUGAAGUUGAAUCCGAUGAACCUGAUGUUGUGAGAACACCUGAAUCUGCUAUUGAAGUUGAAGAUGAUGAUGAAGAAGAGGAUAUUGUGAAGACACCGGAAUCGGAAUUGCCGAGCAGGAUUCCGACGAGAGAUGAUAGAAGAGAGAGGGAAGAUUUGGAAUCACCGGCUGUGGAGACUCCUGAUGUCGAUGAAGAGAAAUCGAGAAGUGCUACGGCUGAUGGAGGAACUAGAGUGCUACCAACACCAUCGACGGCUCCGAUGUCUGGUAGAAGUAGAACAUCGACUGCGAAUUUGGAGGUAGGCGAAGAUUUGGAGCUCGAGAAUAAUUAGAAAUUAGAAUUUUUGGGAGAGAGGGGUGGCCUAGUUUUACCAGAGGUGCAUUUCUAGGCCACACAAUUUUUGGUGAUUUUUUGAAUUUUGCAAUUUUUCUCAACCUUCAAGCUAGGAUAGUAGAUAAGUACAUUUUCCAAACACAUUUUUACCGUGACCUAGUUUGUGAAAACUCUUCCACAUUUGGAAAACUCGUCUGUUCUUCUUUUUUUCUGAAAUAGUACUAUUUUCAUCUCGAAAAAAUUCCAGACGAAAAAAUUGCACUUUUAUACUAAUCCGAAUACAAUAGAUAAUCUCUUAAAAUAUAACUAUACGAUUUCGAAAAAAUGGGGGGUUUCUGGGAGCCCGGGACUUGGGAACUCGAAUUAGUUUUCAUAAGCCCGAUGAAAAAUUAAAUAUCUAAAUCAUACAAUAACUUUUUUCAGACCCCAUCUCGUGGUCCAACUCCAUCUUCUCAACGAACUUUGUCUAGCCCAGCCAUCCAAACCCCGGAUUCCACUCCAAAAUCUUCAAGAAAAUCAACAGCCAAAAGUGACCGUGAAGAAAUUUUACCAUCGGAUCCAGAAGAUGAUGAAGAUCUCAUUCCAGAUGAGAAAUUCAAAGAUCUAGAAAGAGAAGAAUUGGCGGCGACUAAAAUUCAAGCGGCGUAUCGAGGAUUUCGAGUUCGAAAAAAUAAUCGAGUCAAUUUAUCGCAAAAUAUUCCGGAAGAUGAGCCUGAAGAGACAAAGAUUUUGGACGAGGAAAAUGAUGAAGAGGGAAGUAGUUUGCAUUCUUUGCCACCUGGACAUGUUACGUAUACAAUUGAAGUGAGAUUUGGACAUCGAUUUGGAGCGGAAACUGAAGCCAAUUUGUAUAUUAUUAUUAAUGGUGAUGAUGCAAAGAGCAAUCGGAUAUUGUUGAAUAAGAAUGUGAGUUGGAGAAUUGGGCGGGGUGUGCUAGAGGCAGGGGUUACUGAAAUUUGAAGUCUUGUACCAUUAGAAUCUUGGGAUUAUCAUCUGUGCAAUUAUUAAUAUUUUGAAACAGUAAAAAUAUUUUUCAGAAAAUUUAUGAAUUUUCAAAACACCAAUUCUGGAAAGUUAAAUUCUUCUCCUUCAAAAAAAAACCCCAUUUUCAUUAACAGGUUGAUUGGCUGACAACUCCGCAAAACGAAGAUUCGCGAGUUCCAUCCGCCCGUUUCCACGUGGAUUGUCCGAAUCUCGGAACUUUGAAUAAAAUCACAAUUGGACACGAUCGAUUUGGAUAUAAUGCUGGAACACAUAUUGAAGAAGUUAUCAUAACUGAAAAUAAAGUUGAUGGACGACAAUAUUUGUUUUAUCUGAACAAAUGGUUGGAUGGUGGACAAGUUGAUGGAAAAAUUGAAAGAAGCGCGUUUUUGGCCACGUUUGCUUAUUUGAUGAGUUCACCGAUUAAGACGAAUGCGGUUACGUGUGAGUUUGGAAAUUUGAAAACAACUAGAUUUUUAAAACGAACAUUUAGGUUCCAGAAUUUUAAAUCCACUUUGUUCCAGACUCAAAACUUUUCUAAUUUUUAUUCUCCUAAAUUUGAAUUUUUGCAGUAGGCCGAUUCGAGUUUAUGUUUCACACGCGAAAAGACGAACUUGGUGGAACUACCUCAAAUAUUCGAUUAAUUGGAGUCGGCGAUUUGGGAACAACAACACAUUUGGUUCAAAACGAUAAAGUUUUUCGAGAAUAUCAACACAAUCCAUUGAUUCAAUUGGAUUUUGGUAGAAAAAAUUGGACAAUUGUUGAAAAUUCGAAUUGAAAUUGAUGGAGAUGGAGAUCGACCGAAUUAUUAUAUUGAAUUUGUUGAGAUUAAGGAUUUGGAUACCGAUGAGAGAUGUGUUGCACCGUGAGUUUUCGAGGGGGAAAUUUGGCCGAGUAUUCUGGUUGGGUAGAGCAAGAGCUUCGAAAUGAAUGAUUUGAAUUUGACUGCGUACUUGACUAAGUAUCUAAUGUAUUUUAUGAAGCAAAGCUAAAUUUUAAAUUUUUCUUACUGAUUUGUGAGGCUACUCUUGGAUAGAUAGUUCACAAGCUCAAGAAGUUUUAGCUGCGUACAUAAUUGUUGGCUGAGAAGGAAUGCUUCCCAAAGUGACCCCACCGAUUUGGAUGAGACUGGGUGGAAACUUCUUAGUAUUGGCGGGUAUGAAAAACCCUAGGGGAUUUUUCCAACAAAAAUUUAUUUCCUGACUUAGGGCUAAGUUCGAGAUUUUUUGACUCAAAAAAGCAUGUUUCAACUUCAAAAAUUCAUAAUUGAGUUCAUUUUCAAGUAAAUGACUCGACUAAAAACCAAAAUGUAGCUAAAACACUGUAGUUUUCGAAAAAAAACAGACCUGAACACGAAAAAAUUUUUGAAAAUUAAAAAAUGGGGUCACAAGGAGAAUCAAUUUUUUGCCUCAUCACGUACUUGAUGAAAGGAGGCAAGUACGUGAGUUCUAGUUGCGAUUUUCGAACUCUACGCGCAAAAUUAGGUCUAGGGACCCAUUUUCAGAAAAAUUGACCGUUCUAUAUUAACAUAUCGUAUUUUUAUGUCUCAUUUCAAGAUGAAAAUCCGGCAAAAAAGUGAAUUUUUUUGAGUGUAACCCAUACAUUAAAUAGGUCCCCCGAGUCAGUUUUCAAAGUUAGGGUCCCUCCUUGAAAAUGUUCCAAAGUUAAACACCUUCCUCACAUUUUGAGCGAAUUUUGGACAAAUCUGGGAAUUUUCAGAAGAAAAUUGGCCAAGUUAGGCACCCUUCCCUUCAGAUUUUUGAAAAAAAGUUAAGCCCCUCACCCCGAUUCUGGGGACCCAUUUUAUGUAUGAGUGUAACUGUUCAUGGCCGAGUGGUUAGCAUGCAUGGUUACCAAGAAAUCGGUCGUAGGUUCAAUCCCCAUGCUGACAUAUUUUUUUUUCAAAGCUACAUCAAAGUCUAACUUAUAUUUAUCUGAAAUUGAUUUGUUUCGGCUCAAUUAUUAGCAAAAAGUGAAACCUUUGAAAAAGAAAAAAAUCCUCAAAGCGCAAAUGCUUGACGGAACGUUAGGUGAGGUUUGACUUCAUGUCAGACUGACCCUCAAGGCAUGUCUCCUCGAAAGACACACUCUCAAGGCGUGGCUCUUUGACAAACCGACCCUCGAGGCGUGGCACUUUGAAAGACAUGCUUUCAAGGCGUGGCUCCUUGAAAGUCCUCUGUCAAGGAAAGUAAUGUUUGUUUUGUCAAGAACUUUGACAUUUUUACUGUCAAGGAACCGCUCCUCAAGCGAUUUUUCGCAAAAUGUCGGUUUGUCAAGGAGCCACGCCUUGAGGGUCAGCUUGUCAAGAAGCCACGCCUUGAGAGCGUGUCUUCCAAGGAUUCACGUCUUGGCUCAACUUGUCCAGAAGCAACGCUUUAAGAGCGUAUAUUUCAAGGAGUCACGCCUUGAGGAUCACUUUGUCAAGGUGCAACGCGUUGAAAACGUAUAUCCUCAAGGAGCCACGCCUUGAGAGUGUGUCUUUCGAGGAGCCAUGCCUUGAGGGUCAGUCUGACAUGAAGUCAAACCUCACCUAACGUUCCGUCAAGCAUUUGCGCUUUGAGGAUUUUUUCUUCUUCAAAGGUUUCACUUUUUGCUAAUAAUUGAGCCGAAACAAAUCAAUUUCAGAUAAAUAUAAGUUAGACUUUGAUGUAGCUUUGAAAAAAAAUGUCAGCAUGGGGAUUGAACCUACGACCGAUUUCUUGGUAACCAUGCAUGCUAACCACUCGGCCAUGAACAGUUACACUCAAAAAAUUCACUUUUUUGCCGGAUUUUCAUCUUGAAAUGAGACAUAAAAAUACGAUAUGUUAAUAUAGAACGGUCAAUUUUUCUGAAAAUGGGUCCCUAGACCUAAUUUUGCGCGUAGAGUUCGAAAAUCGCAACUAGAACUCACGUACUUGCCUCCUUUCAUCAAGUACGUGAUGAGGCAAAAAAUUGAUUCUCCUUGUGACCCCAUUUUUUAAUUUUCAAAAAUUUUUUCGUGUUCAGGUCUAUUUUUUUCGAAAACUACAGUGUUUUAGCUACAUUUUGGUUUUUUAGUCGAGUCAUUUACUUGAAAAUGAACUCAAUUAUGAAUUUUUGAAGUUGAAACAUGCUUUUUGAGUCAAAAAAUCUCGAACUUAGCCUAAGUCAGGAAAUAAAUUUUUGUUGGAAAAAUCCCCCUAGGGUUUUUCAUACCCGCCAAUACUAAGAAGUUUCCACCCAGUCUCAUCCAAAUCGGUGGGGUCACUUUGGGAAGCAUUCCUUCUGAGUAUCUGAUAAGCAUCCCCAAAAUUCCCAUUUUUUCAGAAUCGGUAAAUGGCUUCUCAUCGAAGGCGACAAUCAAAAUAAAAAAUAUCAGCCAUUCCGCGAAUUUCCAUUCUUUCGCAAAUCAAUUUUGCCACUUCGCGCUGCUAUUUUCGAGGGAAAAAUCACGAUUGGUGACACGAGUUUGUGUUCGGAAAAACGACCGAUUAUUGAUAUGCAAUUUUUGGGAAUCGAUGGAAGGAAAUCGGGGAAAUUCCCCGCGGUUCCAGUCAAAUUGACCAAUGGAAAAAUUGUGAGUUUUUUAAGCUACUGUGAUUUGUGGCGCGAGCAUUUUUGAAUUUUUUGAACUUCUAAGAGUACUGUAGUUUCAAAAAAAUUUGAGUACUGUAAAUUUUCUAGAUUUUUUAUCGGUUAUACUGUAACAUGAAUUUGGCUAGAGUAACUCGUGUAAAAGUUUUGAAAACAAAUUUUUUAGAAUAUAGUAAAACCUCGAAUUUAAAAUUUUAAACCACCGUGAUCCCCCAAAAUGUAACCAAAAAACCCGUUUUUGCAGGGUUACUCAUUCCGUGUUGAAAUGAUAUGGCAAGCAAAUAUCAUUCAAGUCUUCCUUUUUCCCUCGUCUAACUCAAUUCGGAAAAGAUGUUCUCCUUGGUCUCAAUAUUCUCCAACAAAUUUAUGAUCAAAAUGAAGUGUCGCAAAUUUCGGUUGGAAAUGAUUUAUUUAUUAAAGAAGUUGUGGUGCGCGAGACAAAUCAUUCGCCAUAUCGACAACAUUUUCGAACUUCUUGGGCAAGGAUUUUAGAGGAUUUGGAACAAGAAGAGAGAAAUGAUAUGGAAGAAGAAGAAGUUAUGGAGGAAGAAAAGAAAAAGGAGGAUGAAGUGAAAGAGACUUAUAUCAAGACAUUGACCUGUACUAGUGAGUUUGGGAACCUAUUUGGGUGCUUUUUCAAUUUGGAAAAAGAAACAUGAAAUUUGUACGUUUCAAAAUUUUGAGAAAAUUGAAUUGUUUUUCAAAGUUUGAUACUUUCAUUGUAAAUGCUUCAACAAUUUUAUAAAAUGCAAAUUUUCACCAAUAUUCAAUAAGUUUUUCAACUACAACAUUCAGUCAAAUUUUUAUAAAGAUUCAGCUCAAAAUAGAAUAGAAAAAUUAUAGUCAGAAUAGGUAAAAUAUCCAGAAUUUUUACGUUUCAAAAAUUUCGCAAAUUUUAAAUUAUUUUCCAAAAUUCAUUUGAUAUUUUUCAAAUGUUCCUCAAUUUUUCUAGGCAUCGAAGGUCUUCCAACAACCAAAAAACUGACAAAAGAAGACAAAGAAUCUGAACCAACUCAUAUGCAUUUUGUGCUUUUUAUGUCAAUCGCAGAACCCGACAAUUUUUCGAUGCCAAAAAUCGAAAUUCUACCAAAAAAUGGUGAUAUUUAUGAAAUGAUUCCAAUAAAUGAAGAUGGACCCGAAAAUGCACAAAUUGGAUAUGAAUUAGAAUUGGAGAAAAAUAUUGGAUUAAUUGAGAGAAUUCGAAUUCGAUUGGAAGAAUUGGAAGCGGGAAAAACGACAUUUAUCAAUAAAAUGAGAUUGGUUGAAAUGGAAACUGGAACCGAAGUUCGAUUUUCGCUUUUUUCGGAAGUGAGAGAAUUUGAAGUUGUUGAAAUGAUGUGUGUUUAUCCGGAUAUUGCACCAAAAUAUAGUUAGUUUAUUUCGGGAAGCGGGUGGAGGGUCAAAUUGUUCUGAAACCAACAAUUUUAUAAAAAUUUUAAAAAAGUUUCAAAACGUUUUCCAUUUUUUAAAUUUCGAAGUUGUUUUCAAAAAUGUGUUUUAGGAGGUAUAGAAUUUUUUUUCAUGAAAAUUAAAAAAAUAAAUUUUAGUGAUACAGUAUCAGAAUUCCCAGAUAGGUUUUCCUAACCUUUUUCAUCAUUUACUGUAAUUUUUUAAAAAGGGGUUCUAUUGAACUCUCUUAGAUAUUUUUGAAAAAAAAACAGAUCUUGUUUUUUUCCUGCAAAUUUUACGUUUCAACAUUUUCAUGAAAUCUUGAAUUUUUUUAAAUUUGAUUAGACUUUCGUCUUAUAGCUUAUCCUAAAAAAUUCGAAAUUCUCAAAAACUUUAUUAGGGUAUUUAUUAAUUUUCCAGAAUUUAUCAACAAAAAAUCAAUAAAAUCACAAAAAAUGUUAGAACUUAAAAUUAGUAUCGAUCCAGCGAAGUUUAAAAUUUUUUCCUUCGCAAUUGAUUUUUUAAAAGUUUUUUAUUGAUAUCAGGUUUUUGAGAAAUUGUUCGUCCUAUUCAAAUUGAUUUUUCACAGCUUUUCGAAGAUUUGAUCCUUCUUUUUUUCCGAAGAUAUAAUUUUUUUCCUAACUUUUUGCAAUCAGUGGGAUAUCUGCAAAAUUGUAUGUGAGAUUAUUUGAAUCUCAGUUGAACUUCCAUGGGAGCAGUCAAUGAUGUUAUGUUCACCCGAGCAAGCAGCGCAACGUGGACGCCAUUCGUCGUCGAUCGACACUUGAUCCCAUUUCAACUUCAUGUAGGUGUGGUUACUAGGGGCUCUUCACUACUUGGUGAUCCUAUGACCCUCAAACUUGGCGCUCGGUGGUCCUUGCCGCUAGCCAACAAGGUGUAACAUCUUAUCCCUUUCAGUAUCUGCCUCAUUAGUCACCUUUUAGUGCAAUUUUAUUUGAGACACAAUGUUGUGUGGCCAAUCGAAUUGCAGUUGGGUUACGGCAUUUGUGUUUCGAUAAAUCCUUCGCAUUGGUCAAAUUGACAAAAAUAAUAAUGUUGUAAAGUGCAACGUUUGUCUUUUGGUGGAAAGUUGUCAUAUUUGAAAGCCGUGUGACAGUCAAUGAUCACAAAUUAUGCACACUAGUUUCCGAAUAAGCAGUUCGCCAUUUGCCAGUGUGUAUUUGGAUAAUUUUGAUCAGGUUUCUUCGCAUUUUCUGUAUCAGUUUGGAAGUGGUGUUUGGUUUCCUGGAUUGUUUGUGACUUCGUUCGUAGUUUCCUCCAUCUGAAGUUUCCAAAACUCCAGAAUUUCAUUUGCUGACGCCACCGCCUGUUCUCCAUCUCCAAGAAUUUUUGAUGCAUCUUGAAUGCCUUUUUUCAUCGUUCCCAUAUCCGCUGCUGCAACAUUUCGCAUUUUGUCGACUUCUUCGACAAAACCUCCAAUUGCAAUCCCAAGAUGAGCAUUCUUUUUGUCCAAGGAUUUCUACUUUCUGCCAAUUGAUUGGUUAACUGGUUUCAUGCACUGGUUCAAUGUCGGUUUGGGCGGUCCCUUGUGGUUUGGUUGUUCUGGAAUUGGGAGCGUCCUUCAAAUAUCGAAGAUAUUGGAUUUUAUUAAAAAUGAAGUUAGUGUGUGUUUGCGUGAAACGUAGACAUUUUUAAUACAAACAGAAUCCAGAUUUCUGUUUAACUCCCAUUUGAUCGAGUUUCCAAUGUUUUUUUCUGUGUUGCUGUGUUGAGGGGUAAUGGUCUCAAUUGAAAAAUUGAUUCGAAGUUCCGCGGCAUCCAGAAUGACUUGUUUUGACAACACAACUUUGAUCAAAGCGUUUUCAAGCUUUUUGUAUCCUUAUAUAAAUCUCGAUUGAACUUCCAUGGGAGAAAACUUCCUCUGUUUGAAUGAUCUGUUCAGUUUUGAUUUGCUUUCCUACUCUGUCGUUGCUUCAUCUGGAUCAGGUCUUUCUGCAAAUAAGCUGUGCUGGGUCUCCGACUAAGGUGCAGGCGAAGGUGAUGGCGAAGGUGCGACUAAGGUGAACUUAGCUGAGGGAAACAUUAUCAACUUUUUAAUCAACAUAUCCCUUCGCAUCGUUGUUGGUCACAGCAGUUACUAUCUCUUCACUACUUUGUGAUCCCUCAACCCUUUACUACUAAACCCAAAACUAAUUUGAUUCCGGACGGUGGUCCUUGCUGCUAGCUUACAAUGGGCGCUCGAUAAUCUGACCAUAUAAUCCACGCGCUCCUGCGCUGCUCCUUUGGGCGGAGCUUCCUGGGUGGAGCAAUCUCUUGAGAUUGGUCCACCACAGCUGUUGACAAGAUCUUCGAGGUGUAUUCGUUAUCAUAAACUUCCCUUCAAAACAUUUCUUCAAUGUUUUGACUUUCAUCAAAUCUCCAUUGUCAAUUUUCAUUCUUCCAUGAUUUCAAAGCUUUGAGAAAAUCACGCUCAAACAUCACUUACGCCUUUUCCGUGUCGGUUUUUUGGGAGAUUCAUUUGAUAUUUCGAACUUGCUUACUUCUAUCUCACCCCAUCGUUGGAUUUGUUGGCAUCACGACCUGUUAAAAUUGUUCGAUACCUCUAUCUGUGAGGUUCACAAUUACGGGAAUUCGACUUGCGAUGCAUUUUCCAAUAUGAACUUGCAACUUUCACCGUUCAUCCUAAGCGUUUGCCAAUUCUUCUAUUGGGGUAUUCGUUAUCAUGAACUUUCAGUCAUUUCCUGUUUCUAAUAUAAUAAACAGGCAUUGUUUCUUUCCAGAUUGAACAUUAAUUUUGGGCAUCUAUGUAUCUUGCCAACUCACUAAAGAUGUUCACAAACUCGACGAUGUUGUUUUCUUUGUGAUUUUAAUUAACCCCAAGAAUGAGAUUGUGACAUCUGUAAGAAAAAUUGAAUGAAUGUUUUAAACAAAAAUUAAAAUUUGAAAAAAAAAACGAAAAUAAAAAUCUCCAGGACGGAGAGCUUGGAUUGUUCACACUAUCAGAUUUGAAUUUGAUUUUAUUCGGAACCGAUAAAAAUCAGAUUUUCCAAUGCCAAACAAAACGAUUUCAAUUUAUUUUUAUCAAAUUUGAAAUUUUUCGGAAUAAUACUAAAGUUAAGAAUUUCUCUCAACAUUUUUUAAUUCUAAAAAAUUCUAAAAAUGUUUCCAAAAAUUGAUAUAACUUUUAAAUGAAAUUUAUUUUUGAAGCCUCAAAAUUGUUCACUGAAAAUCAAUAAGGAAAUUUUUUGAACCAACAUUUUUUGGUCUAUUUUUUUCUCAAAAUUCAACUUAUAUACUUCAUACGGUUUGCACAUAUUCAUUUUGAUAUACAUUUUAAAUUCUGAGAAAUUCUCAGAUUUUCACACACAAGCUUCAGUUUCAUUGAUAUACUUUGGAAUUUUCAAAAAAAAAAAAGUGGAGAAUACACGAGAAAAAGAGAAAAUAUUUUCAAAAAAAUAUUACAAACUGAUCGGGAAAGAAGAAAAUUUUUUUUUUUUGAAAAAAGUUGGAUAAAAAAAUCGUUAUGGGGUGAUUCAUACGAAAAAAUUUACAAAAAAAGUUUCGUCAAUUUUUUCGUAUGAAUCACCCCAUAAAAAAUCUGACAAUUUUUGAAACAAAAACUGAAAUUUUUAGAAUUAUAAAAAUAAUUCUAAUUCUAAAUUCUCAAAAAAAAAUAAUAAGCAAAAAAAGUUGCAUAAGGAUCUAAUCUAACAGAUGUGCUAAUGUUUAUAACAAAAAAGUUUGGUUUUUUGGAUUCAACAUCUGGUGUUCGAAGUGCACUUCGAGUAACUUGAUAUCCGUGAUACUUAUUAGUUAUAUAUUUUGAGUUUGAAAAUUUGAAAAUAAAGAGUAAUUUCUUAAAAUAAAAUUUCGGAUAUCUCUGGAAGAAAACGUGUUUGUAAACAAUAAAAAAUUCACAAAUAUCAGUUUGUUUCUAAAAAUUUUGAAACCUAUUUUUCACGGAAUUUUUAUAGGGAAAACAUUGGUUAAAUCGGAAAAACUACUCGGCCUAAAAAUUUCAGAAAUCAAUACAGAAAUAGGGAAUUUCCAAAAUUGGCCUAAAAAUUUGAAAAUAAAAUAUAAGUAAAGCCCAAACAUUUUCGAAUGAAAAAAAGACAAGACUGAAUAGUUUUUGCGCAACACCUGGCAUUGGUGAAAGAGAUAGAAUGAAUGAAUAGAAAAGAAAAAGAAAGAAAAUAAAUGUAAACACAAAGAAAAAGUGCACUUUUUGGUGACUAAUUAGACGCCAAGAGUUUUUGAAUUUGGCGCCAAAAUUUUGAAAUAGAGGAUUCUGAUUUAGUGAGAGAAUUGAAAAGAUUUCAAUGUUAGAAUUUUUUGGAACGUAUUUUGUUCAGGAAUAAUUUUCAGCUGAAUUCAGGCUUAUCAAAAACGUUGUGUUCUAGCCCUAGGCUUUUUAAGGCUUAGGCUUAUCCUAAAAUUAAGGCUUGUGCCAGUUCUCAGACUCAAGAUUUUCCAAUUUUUUUUAAACUUUUGCCUAAAUUAUUAUCUUAAAAUUAAUUUUUCUGGUAAUUUUCAAUCAAUUUCUUCUGUCUAAAGUCCCCUAAAUAUUUCCAGGUAUAAUCUACUGUAUUCAAAUCACAACAAUCAAAUCCAAAGGCUCAUUUCGUCCAUAUAUUUCAAUAAGUGGAGCUGACGGAGACACUGGAUAUCGAGCAUAUCCGGGAUUAACCGAAUUCCCCGAAGAUACGGUAUGCACCUUUGAAAAUACUCUUGAGAAAAAAAUCAAUUGCAGAAUCUUCAAAUGGAAAUCGAGGCACUUCGAUUGGGUUCGUUGAAAAAUUUGCGAGUUUAUGCCAAAAAUUGUGGAGGAGGAGCGGGAAAAAUGAGCUGGAAAUUUUCGAUCAAAAUUGCGUAUCAUGAUAAUGGAGACACUUGUUAUUAUACAACUGAUGUUUUGUGAGUUUUUUGGGGAUUUCUGGAGGUUUUGGGAGCUUGGAAUUUGAAAUUUUGAAUUUUCAGUAAUUUUUGAAAAUUUAGUUUAGAAUUUCCAUAUUUCAGACAUUUUUUGAGCAGAAAAUCAUCUGAAAUUCUCUCAAUAUUUCAGAAAUCUCAAAAAAGCGGAUCAAGAAAUCUCGACAGAUUUAUCGAUUUCAGAUGGUGCAGAUUAUAUUGAACUAUGA